AAAGAAGAGAUUUCAUCUGAGUCUCUUCUUCAGUUCUAAGGGACUGGGAGAAGCUUAAAGAGGUUUAAAUAGGAACUCUGAGGAUAAAACUACCAGAAACUGGCUGGACUAGUUGUUAUGCUGACAUCUGUUUACGAUCCAGUCUGGAAUUCUGUCCCCUUCACACCUGGAGACUGGAGCCUAGGACUGAUAAUGGGUCUAGACCAUUCAUAGGGAUGGAGAACAGGGACAAACACACCCUCUCUUUAACUACAGGUCAGUAUGUAGACGUUAAUGGAUUUUAGUCAUUAACAGGAGAGGGGAUAAAAGGAGACAAUGGCCUCAGGAGGGAGUGUGGAUAAGAACAGAAGGAAGGACCGCCUCUAAACUAGUUUAACAGAGUCAUGUAUGUGCCAAGAACUGAAAGAGGAAUCAAGGGUGGGUGAGUCCAGUCAGCCUUUGUGGAUUUUUGACCUAUGAAAAUGUUCUCCCAUCCCCUCUCUUGAAUUGUUAUUUUCUUUAGGCCUUAAAAAUAUUCUCUCUACCCUGAGGUGUGAUAGAUUUAAUUGUCUGUCUGGAGCCCAGGUAAAUCAAACGUUAUGUAUAUUUUUGGCCUUUACUUUGGAUGUUUAGAUAUAUAUAAUGCAGCUCUCUGUUAGUAUGGGAUCGGACUUUCUAGGUUUGUAUGUUGUGUUGUCUGUUUUAUUUUUUGUGUGUUCAUAAAAUCAAAGAAACAAACAAACAAAAAAAAAGAGUAUAAAAACGUCAAAGCUUUUCUUCCCGUGAAGCAGAAGUCAGUGAUGCGUUCAGGUUGAACUCCAUCUCCUCUCGUUAAGCUCGUUAACUCUCAGAUUAGUGACAGAUCAGCCCCCCCCCCUCCCGCUGCCUCUUUGUGUGUCUGUGAGGACCAGCGUGAUUAGUGGAUUAUGUUCAGCCUCGACCGGAGACAAGAGCAGACGGUCGGAGUCUGAGAGCAACCUUCCCAUGGUGCCCUGCAGCCCCGGGGGCCGCCAUGGGAGAUGAGUACCCACAAUGCCGAGCUCAGGAGCUGUUUGAUGAGUUUGUGUCGGCGUCGACCUGCAGGGCGGCGCUACGCUCCUUCGUCCAGCUGUGCGAACAUCUGCAGCUAGACCGGCGCGCUGCCGAGAGGCCGCUGUACCGACCAAUCAAACGCCGCCUCAACUACUGGAGGGCCAACGCUCUGUGGGCCAAACUCGACCGAAGGGCCACGCAGCAGGAGUUCCUGAGGGCCCAGGUCUGCAGCAACAUGACUUGUGUGAUCAUCGGGGCAGGGCCUUGUGGUCUGAGGACGGCGGUGGAGCUGAGCUUCAUGGGAGCUCGGGUGGUGGUGCUGGAGAAGAGAGACUCUUUCUCCAGGAACAACGUCCUCCACUUGUGGCCUUUCACCAUCCACGACCUCCGAGGCCUCGGGGCCAAAAAGUUCCACGGGAAGUUCUGUGCUGGUUCCAUCGACCACAUAAGUAUCCGUCAGCUGCAGCUCAUCCUGCUCAAAGUUGCCUUGUUGCUCGGGGCCGAGGUCCACGUCAAUGUGGAGUUUAAGAAGCUGGUGGAGCCUCCUGAGGACCAGAGACUCAAGGUGGGCUGGAGGAUGGAGGUGAGUCCAAAGUCUCACGUCGUCAGUCAGCUGGAGUUUGACGUCAUCAUCGGAGCAGACGGACGCAGGAACACGCUCCCAGGUUUCAGGCGUAAGGAGUUCAGGGGGAAGCUGGCUAUCGCCAUCACGGCCAACUUUAAAAACAGAAACACGACGGCCGAGGCCAAAGUGGAGGAGAUCAGCGGCGUAGCAUUCAUCUUCAACCAGAGGUUCUUCCAGGAGCUUCGUCAGGAAACUGGGAUUGACCUCGAGAACAUCGUCUACUAUAAAGACGACACGCACUACUUCGUCAUGACGGCAAAGAAACAGAGUCUGCUGGAAAAAGGAGUCAUUCUACAGGACUAUGCGGAAACUGAGCUGCUGCUCUCUCGGGGGAACGUGGACCAGAAUGCAUUGCAGGCGUACGCCCGCCAGGCCGCAGACUUCUCGACCAAUCAGCAGCUGCCAUCUCUGGACUUCGCCAUGAACCACUACGGCCAGCCGGACGUCGCCAUGUUUGACUUCACCUCCAUGUACGCGUCAGAGAACGCCGCCAUGAUUCGUCAACGCCAUGGACACCAGCUGCUGGUCACUCUGGUGGGAGACAGUCUGCUGGAGCCCUUCUGGCCCAUGGGGACAGGGAUAUCUCGCGGGUUUCUAGCAGCUCUGGAUUCAGCCUGGAUGAUACGAAGAUGGGCUCAAGGAGGAGACGCUCUGGACGUCCUGGCUGAGAGAGAGAGUCUCUACCGUCUCCUCCCUCAGACGACUCCAGAGAACCUGCAGAAGAACCUGAGUCUGUUUUCUGUCGACCCAGCGACCAGAUACCAGACCACCAGCUCCCUGACGGUCACACCAGCCCAGGUGAGACACCUGGUGGACACUGGGGAGGAGGCGGGGCUAACCUCAGCCAUCAGAGACAUCAGCUGGUUGUCUUCACCAAGUCUCAUCAGUCCAGAGUCCUUGUCUCGGUCCAAUCAGCUGCUGUCCUGGUGCCAGGCCCAGACUGGCGGUUACCGUGGCGUUGCCAUUGUGGACCUGACUACUUCCUGGAAGAGUGGCCUGGCUCUGUGCGCUCUGAUCCACCGACACAGACCGGACCUGAUAGACUUUGAUUCUCUGGACGAGUCGUCGGUGGAAGAAAACACUCGACUCGGCUUCGACGUGGCUGAACGCGAGUUUGGGAUCUGUCCUCCGAUGACGGUGGAAGAAAUGUCUUGUGUUGGAGAACCGGACUCUUUGUCCAUGGUGAUGUACCUGAGUCAGUUCUACCAGCUGCUCCGAGACGCGACGCCUCCUACUGGCUGCCUGACUCAGAGCGUUGACCUGAGAUCAGCUCUGAUCACUCCGGCCUCCCUCCUCAGCAGACUGGGAACCAGCCCGUCCAGGAAGAGGAACCCAAAGGAACACAGUGACCCUCUGGGGAAGAGGAGGAGGACCAGGGGGUCAGGUGGAGACCAGCAGGAGUCAUGUUGUGACCUGAAUUGUGAUGUUGUACCACUGGUGGGCGGAGCCAACCUGUCCAAGGUUCGUCUGAUGGCCAAUCAGCUGCAGGCUAAGAUGGAGGAGACUUCCUCUUCCUCCUCGUCUUCCUCUGCAGCUUUACAUCAACAGCAGGGGGAGCUGUUACCGAACCCUCCAACAUUAGAGUCAGACGACUGUCAGCUGGGCCACACGUCGUCAUGGAGACCGAGGAAACGAACCCUUCAACAGGAACAGAUGAGUUUUCGGUUCAAGGAGAAGAUCAAGUCUCAGAGUCCGGUCCGAGGAGACGAGGUGUCCCUGCGUGUCCCUGGCACCAGCGUCCUCUGUGUCUUCUGUGAUCAGAGGGUUUAUCUGAUGGAGCGUCUCAGUGCUGAAGGAUUGUUUUUCCAUCGCAGCUGUUUCCAGUGCGACUCAUGCAGCUCCGUCCUCCGACUUUCUUCAUACGGCUACGAGCACCACACCGGGAGGUUUUACUGCCUGCAGAACUCUGAGUGUCGACUGAAGGCUGCGACCGUGAGGAAGAGGCCGACUGCGUCUGACAGAGCAGCUUCUCAUCGAUCGUCACUGGCGUCUCAGAGUUCGUCUCUGGCUGAACGCAGAUUGUCAGCUGCUUCUGUAACCACGGCAACGCCAGAGAGGAUUGAGCUGGAGAACGUCGGACGGGUGGAGGAGGAGGAAGAGGAGGAGGAGAAAAAAGAGGAAGAGGAGGAGGAGAAAAAAGAGGAAGAGGAGGAGGAAGAGGAAGAGGAAGAGGAGGAGGAAGAGGAAGGGGAAGAGGAGGAAGAGGAAGGGGAGGAGGAGGAAGAGGAAGAGGAGGAAGAGGAGGAGGAGGAGGAAGAGGAGGAGCAAGAGCUGAACCACUUCACCCUCAGAUCAGAGCCAGAGAUGGAGAAGGACAACAAGGACAAGAAGGACAAAGAGGACACUGUUUCAUGGAGAGAAACUCUGCAGCUCCACCUGAGAGUUGAGGUGAAGGAGUGUGAGAAGGAGUCCAGUGAUGAGGAGGAGGAGUUUUCUCCUCAGAGCUCUGACUCACCAGUGAAUCCUGACUCCGCCUCAAACCUGCCACCCUGCAUCACUUCCUGUACACUGUCCUCUAUGACUCCGCCCACUGCUCCUGCAACUCCGCCCACUACCUCUGAGACUCCGCCUGCUGUUGCCACACCUUCCGCUACCUCGUUCAGCAUCACCGUGGACUCCACCCUCCAACAGGACAGGCCCGUUGUCAUGGAGACAGCUGGUGGUGGGCAGGGUGCGUUUGAGAGCAUCACACUUGAACUUCCACAGAAACUGCUUCUCUUACAGGAGAGGGAGGCGGGGCCAGAGGAGAAGCGGGCGGGGCCAGGGGUGGUGAGAAGGAGGAGUCAUAGAGGAGCUCACAGCCUCCCUCCUCUUCUCUUCCCCCCUUUGCCGACAGGGGGUGGGACUACCCUACUCCAAUCAAAACAGCUUGAGAGAAACUCCUCCCCUGGACAGGUGGAGGUGGGACAGGGAGGAGCCAGAUCUCUAUGGAAGACGGUGUUCUCUGGAAACAGGGAGGAGCCACAAAAGAAGGGGGGCGGGACUUUACCAGCCAAUCAGAAGAGAGUUACAGAUGUGAGGGAGGAGUCUGACCUGGACUCGUUGCUGCAGAGGUGUUCACUGAGAUCCACCAACAAUACGCCGUAUGUCCCUCAUGCUCUGGCUUUCAGACGAUCGUACGUCAUCAAGAGGCGGUCCCCGAAGGACAGAGUCCACGUCCAGGACUCUGAUGGACAGUCCUCAUGUCCCACAGAGGUGGUGGGCAUCCUGGCUCAGCCGAAGGAACCGUCCAGUCUCAGCGUGAAGGAGACCUUCUUCCAGAGGGGACAAGAGGAUGAAGACGAAGACCUGGACACCAAGAUCACUCGCCGGGUCCAGAGAGCUGCGAGAAGACAGGCCAAACAGGACCAGCUGAAGAGACUCCACAAAGCUCAGAUGAUUCAGAGGCAGCUGCAGCAGGUGGAAGAGAGGCAGAGGCAGCUGGAAGAAACAGGGGUAAUGGUGGAGAAAGCUCUGAGAGGAGAAGCAGAUUACUGGGAGGACUCCAGCCUCAGUCCAGACAUGGAGCUUCACCUGGGAGGACUAGGUAGACUGGAGAACCAGGCUCUGAUGCAGCAGUGGUUCCAGCUGGUCCAGCAGAAAAACUCUCUGGUUCGAUAUGAAUCUGAACUCAUGAUAUUUGCUCGGGAGCUGGAGUUGGAGGACAGACAGAGUCGUCUGCAGCAGGAGCUCAGGGAGAGGAUGGCGGUGGACGAUCACCUGAAGGGGGAGGGGCAGCUGGCUGAAGAGCGUCUGAUCCUGGAGGAGAUGUUGGAUGUGGUGGAGCAGAGAGACGCUCUGGUGUCUCUGUUGGAGGAACAGAGGCUCCAGGGACGUCAAGAAGACCUGGACCUGGAGCGGAUCCUAGUGUCUGGAGGACUGGGACUGACCUGGACCUGAAACUGGACUGGAUCAGAUCAGAACCAAACAUGGACAGGCUGAUGCUGCAUUCAUGUUCUGUUGGUAGGAUUGGAAAGAGCUUCAAUGCUAACUAGCGACACAAGCUUUUCUUGUAAAGGUUGCAUUUGAUUGGCCACCUUCUUCAGUUGAAGUGUGAACCAGAACCAGACUAAGCUAAAAGCUAACAUGCUAGCCAGGUAGCAGGUUUGGAGCUGCUUUGCUGUGGAUCAUCUCGGUUCUUUCGAGUCAUACAGACAGAGGUUCUGCUCUGCCCUGGAGACGAAGUUCUUUAAGAUCACCAAUAAGUGUCGCUAAAUUGUCACCUACCAAAUUAACUGUGGAGGUACGUGAUGAAUCUUUUCCUGCUGGUCACCUGUCUGCCUUACCUGAUCAAUGCCUGCACUAAUGGGUCUGACGUCAUGUGACUGAAUCUGAUAUGUCUGUAACAAACGAGGAAAUUUCAGGUUGGACAAAAGAAAGAUUUUAAAAAUAAUUUGAAUUAUGAAAAUAUAAUAUGUCGUUUUUCAUGGAAGAGGUUUUAUUUUAUUUUUACUUUCACAGAACCUGAAGAAGAUGUUUGACGUGUUUGUGUUUCGGGUUGUUUCAUCACAUCUUUUUAAAACCGCUUCAUGUAACCCGUCUUCCUUUUAUCUCAUUUCUAUUGCUGUUUGUUUUGACAUUGCUGUGUUUUUGUAAUGAACUGUUGAGAGCAAACAAACCAUAUUAUUUCAUUAGUUUGUCUCCUCUUCCUCUUCAACAUGUUUGUGAAACUCUUGUGUAACAAACGGAUGAUGAUGAUGAAACUCUUGGUCCAUAAACGGCUGAGUGAAACCAAAAAGAGGAAGGAAGCUGAUCUGUUGGAAACAGUUUUUAGAUUUCAAACCUUUAAACCUCUGAGAAGCUGCAGCAACAGAUUCAUAAGAACUGAGAGAACCAACAACUGACCUGGUUCUCAGGAUGUUCCUUCAGUUCAUUCAUUAAUAAAAUAAUUAAGAUUUAA